AUGGAUCGUAACCAUGUCCUGGAAAAACUAGCGAACAUCAGCUCAUACAAUCGUUGUGUUCGCACUGUCGCGUACAUGCUUCGCUUCGUUCAAAUCACACAUAUGAAACGUAAAUUCGAAACAACUUUGUCAUCCGAGGAACUACGCAAUGCAUCCUAUUGCAUAAUUUGGAACAUCCAGCAAUUAUCAUUCGUCGAAGACAUUCGCCAACUGCAAAAAGAUCAACCACUUAGAAGCCAUCUAAAGUUUCUCAAUCCUUUUCUAGAUCGCUCCACAGGAUUUUCACUUAUCAGAGUUGGCGGCCGGCUGGACAACGUUGAGUUUGAGAACUUCGAAAAACAUCCGAUAUUGUUGCCCAGUAAAUCGCACUUCGUCUGGAUCUAUGUGCGGCAUCUACAUCUUCGCAACUGCCAUGCUGGACCUAAAGCUUUAGUGGCACUCAUUCGAUUGGAAUAUUGGAUCGUAAACGCCAGAGACUUGGCACGUCGCAUCGUGCGCACCUGCAUGGCGUGUGUUCGGUACAAGCCAAAAUUGGAAAGGCAGCUUAUGGGAUCGCUGCCAGUGGAGCGCCUUCGACCGGAACACCCAUUCCAACGCUGUGGUAUUGACUUCUGUGGGCCAAUAAAUACGUAUGUUCGCAUACGAGGAAAGGGUCCCACAAAAUCUUACUUGGCCGUAUUCAUUUGUUUGGCAUCCAAGGCAGUGCACAUCGAAGUGGUCUCUCAAUUAUCCACGAAGGCAUUCUUGGCUGCACUCAAACGAAUGGUUGCUCGGCGAGCGCUGCCCACUGACAUCUAUUGUGAUAAUGGAACUAACUUCGUGGGUGCAGCAAAUGAGCUAAAGGCUUUGAAACAAUUUUUGUUUGAUCAAUCUACUCAAGACGCAAUAUCAGAAUACUGUGCUUCGGAUUUCGUGUCGUUUCAUUUUAUUCCGCCCAGGGCACCCCACUUUGGCGGACUCUGGGAAGCAGCAGUUAAGAGCGCAAAGGGGUUGUUGCACAAGACGCUAUCGAACACUCGCCUAACAUUUGAGGAGCUCUGUACGAUCACAACAGAGAUCGAAGCUGUCCUCAAUUCUCGCCCAUUGUCACCUAUGUCGCCUGAUCCCAACGAUCUAUCAGCAAUCACCCCAGGACACUUGUUAGUUGGAAAACCUCUUCGGGCGCUUCCUGAACACACGAUAGCAACGCCUCAUCUCAACAAUUUGGAGCGGUUUGACGUGAUAACCGCUGCUAAACAGCAAUUUUGGCGUCGUUGGUCAUCAGAUUAUAUUCACGAGCUUCGGGCUCGAACCAAAUGGACAUCAUCGUCGUCAAAUCUCGCUAUUGGAACCAUGGUCAUAAUCCACGACGACAAUCUUCCGCUUCAGCAAUGGAAGGAUGGUCAUGUUCGAGUUGUUCAUCUUCGUACAGCCAAUGGCAUCUGCUGUCGACCAGUACACAAAUUGGCCACCUUACCGAUGGAAGCCUGA